UUUAUUCUCUUCUUCUUCUUCUUCUUGUUCUUAUUCUUCUCCUCUCUCUCUCUCUUAGGGUUUGCUUUCUCACUCUUCUAGGGUCUAGACGGAUUCUCAAUUUCUCACUAUUCGGAAGUUCUGCCCUCAACUCCGCCAUGGAUCUAACGAAGAAACGCAAGGCCGAUGAGAAUGGCGCGGCGUAUCCCGCCCCUAACGACAUUAUGGGAGCCGCCGUCGCCGGCGGUGCUCCUCCGCCGCUCGGCAUUCUCAGCCCGGAUGACGCCGAUAGAAUACUCGAACCCUUCUCCAAGGACCAGCUAAUUUCAGUCUUGCGCAACGCUGUGCUACGGCACCCGGAUAUUCUGGAAGCCGUGCGAGCCGUGGCCGAUGCGGAUACGACUCAGCGUAAGCUCUUCGUGCGCGGCCUCGGCUGGGAGACCACUACGGAGAAGCUCCGUCAGGUGUUUUCCAUAUUCGGAGAGCUUGACGAGGCUAUCGUGAUUACGGAUAAGAACACGGGGAAAUCGAAAGGGUAUGGUUUUGUUACCUUUAAGCAUAUUGAUGCGGCUAUUAUGGCUCUUAAGGAACCGAAUAAGAAAAUUGAUGGGCGUAUUACGGUCACUCAGCUUGCGGCUGCGGGGAAUUCAGGUAAUUCGCAAUCUGCCGAUGUUGCUCUUAGGAAAAUAUAUGUGGGGAAUGUUCCGUUUGAGAUUUCGUCAGAGAGGCUCUUGAAUUUCUUUUCUACUUUCGGGGAAAUUGAGGAAGGGCCAUUAGGUUUCGAUAAGCAGACUGGGAAGGCAAAAGGGUUUGCUUUUUUUGUCUACAAGACUGAGGAGGGGGCGAGAGGAUCAUUGGCUGAACCGAUGAAGAUGAUAGACGGGCAUCAGGUGGUGUGUAAAUUAGCAACUGAUAACAAGAAAGGAAAGCAGCCGAAUAUGGGACCUCCUGGUGGCCCUGGAAUGCCAAAUGCAGGGCAUUCUGGAAUGCCUGGAGAGGAUAGAAUGGGUGUUGGGUCCAUGCCAGGGUCGAACUAUGGGAUUCCUGGAACUGGGAUGGGGCCAUAUCCUGGUUUUUCAGGUGGCCCUGUUCCAGGAAUGCAGCAGGCACAGCCACAGCCAGGAAUGUUGCAUCAGAACCCAAUGAAUUCAGGGAUUGGUGGACCUGCUGGACCAGCCUAUGGCAACCAAGGUCCGGGGUCUUAUGCUGGUGGUGCGAGUGGCUAUCCUGGUAGUGGUGGAUAUGUUGGGGGUGCUUCUGGGGAUUUUGGUGGUGGCAUGGGCAAUGCUGCUGGGUCUAAUAUGUAUAGGGUACCACCAAGCUCUGGUGGAAUGCCUAGUUCAGGAGGUUACCCAGAUGGUGGUAAUUAUGGUAUGCCAUCUGCAUAUCCCUCACAGCUACCACAGCCUGGGGCAGGCUCUAGGGUUCCCCCUGGUGGUAUGUAUCAGGGCGUGCCACCCUACUACUGAGGUGUUUGAGAGCUUCUUGGGAGCACAUGCUUUAUAUGGUUAUGGUGAUUUCCUGAUUGCAGACACUGAAAUCUUACGUGAUAAAUGGACUGCUCUACCUCUGUUGCUGCUUCACCUAUCUGCUCCUAUAAGUUGUGGACUUUGUGGCUCUAGUUGAUCUUUGCUAGUAUUAAGUUAGGAGUUACUUUGAAGAGUUUGCUGUAUCUGGUGUCAAACAAUUUGAUGGAUUAUUUCCUUUGUUUUGUUACCUAAUAUAGCUGUUACUUGUACUAGUAUGUUUUGCCUCCUAUAUUAUGCUUGUUUUGCUUUCAGUAUAUUAUUUUGGUACUUGACUUGUAUUUUGGAAAUAGGAGUUGAUGACUUCUUUUUUACUUGGUUGCAUCUAUCUCCGCCAUGCUCAAUUGCUUACUAGUUGGUAAUUAUGUCUGCCAACUAUUUACAUGUAUUUAGGGAAUAAAGUUCUUUACUUUGUUUCUUUAUUGUGUGGCAUUAAUCCUCUGUUGGACAAUUAAAAGUUAGAAGUUGCAUACAGGUUUUUGUAUGCUACCCAAGGUGUCUUUUAGUAUGCUAUUCGUAGCUACCUAUAAAAAGAAGUUAAUUAGAGUAUAGAUAAUGACAAAAACUAGUAAGAUUACAACACCUUUGUAUUGUUUAUUUUACUUUUGUGUUGUUAGAUUGGCGUGGACAUUACAAAAAUGUGUGCCGUUUAGUUGAUGUAAAAUUGAAUUGUUUUCUGGUUUUGAUUUUGGUUUCUCAUACAUAGUAAGAUUGCUUCUUGUGGACCCCCUAUGAAAGGGGAAACCGGAACUUGUUGAUUGUUAUUUGAGAUGCGUGGUUGUUCCUCUUAGAAGAGGGAAUUGCUGGCUUUAUGUAUUCUUACUGUGAACGAGGAAAUAUUUCACCUUGUUUUUUCCUCGGGAAUUUGAAUAAUGUGGCAUGUAAGUUGGUACCUGAGCAUAAUGUGGUAACAUGUCCGAUUUGCUUGGUUGGUGUUUCCAUUUAAACAGAGUGAUCUAUCUUUAAAUUUAAAGGUUAAGAUUUUUAAGCCUUUCCUUUUUUUUAUUGUGUGCCCACCCUCUACCAAAUGAGGUGAUGGGUUGUAGCAAUGGAAGAGAUCUGGACAGUCAGCUAGCCUGCUCUGAUCAUUACCCAAAUGGCAGUGGCAUUUUCGACUUGCACAAGGUGAGUGUUUGCCAAAUGGAGCUUAUCUUGGGUGCUAUUUGGAUUGGAUGGGUUCACUUUGUUUACGGAAUUGUAAAUACCAAAAAGAAAAUCUCCUUCCUAUAUAUAUAUAAUAUAUAUAUAAGCUGUGUAGUAGUUGGUUUGUAUACACACUCAUUCUUGUGUGAGCCAUGAAUGGAACUUAGCAGAAUUCGUUUA